AAGGGCGGCCACUCUUGCUGCCUUUCUUCCGGGAUGGGUGGGAGGUAGUUGUGAUGAUGGCGGACGAAGAUGGGAGAGCGGAUCCGGAGUCCUGUGCUCCUCGUCUGGAGGCGGAAGUGGAGGCCGCCGGGGACAACGAGUUGGACUUCGGGAUCCCCCUGGACUCCAACGGCUACGUGCUGUACAGGGACAGAAAGGAAUGGGCUGAUAUUGAGCCAGUACCUCAAGAUGAUGGGCCAAACCCAGUGGUUCAAAUUAUAUACAGCGAGAAAUUCAGAGACGUAUACGACUACUUCCGAGCCGUCUUGCAGCAGGAUGAAAGGAGUGAAAGAGCGUUCAUGCUGACAGGGGAUGCCAUUGAGCUCAAUGCUGCAAACUACACCGUAUGGCACUUCCGCAGGGUGCUUCUGCAGUCCUUGAAGAAAGACCUGCUUGAGGAACUCAAUUACAUCACAGCUAUCAUUGAAGAUCAGCCAAAGAAUUAUCAAGUCUGGCACCACAGACGAGUGUUGGUGGAAUGGCUGAAGGAUCCGUCCCGGGAGCUCGAAUUCAUAGCGGACAUUCUUAACCAGGAUGCCAAGAACUACCACGCCUGGCAACACAGGCAGUGGGUCAUUCAGGAAUUUAAACUGUGGGAUGAUGAACUGGACUAUGUCGAACAGCUUCUGAAAGAAGAUGUCCGAAACAACUCAGUCUGGAACCAAAGAUACUUUGUUAUCUCAAACACAACUGGAUAUGAUGACCCUGCCAUUCUAGAAAGAGAAGUCCAGUAUACCCUAGAAAUGAUCAAGAUGGUGCCUCACAAUGAAAGUGCUUGGAACUAUCUGAAAGGGAUUCUGCAGGAUCGUGGUUUAUCAAAAUACCCUGGUCUCCUGGAACAGCUGCUGAACUUGCAGCCCAGCCACAGUUCUCCCUACCUGAUUGGCUUCUUGGUAGACAUAUAUGAAGACAUGCUAGACCACCAGUGUGAAAACAAGGAAGAAACACUCAACAAAGCGUUAGAGUUGUGUGAAAUCCUGGCUAAAGAAAAAGACAUCAUACGGAAGGAAUACUGGAAAUAUAUAGGAAGGUCCCUGAAGAGUAAACACUGUCCGAAUUUGGAACAGAACGUGUCAACUGAAACGGAUCAGCAGUAACUCCACGUGGGGAGGCGUGGAGGGGAGCACAUUUAGCUCUGUGGUGUAUUAAGCUAUGAGUGGGGGGGCAGAGUUAGGCAGGUGACUUUAACUGAUGUUGGCCACUCCCUUCCUAAAUAUGGCGUAGUUAUUCAUUACUGCCGAGGUAUUGCUUUUAACCACACCAAGAGCGCAAAACAUUUGGCAUAACCAACUGACCCCUGGUAACUGCUGCUAUACACAUUGGCUAUGGGAUGUUCCAAAGCACUCUGUGUAUGUGUGUGUUUUUUUAAAAAAAAACUUUACAAUUACUUGAAUUGUACCAAAUAAAUGCAUUAUUUCUGAACAGUGUAUAUGUAAAAUGCUACAAAAGCUGUUUCAUAUCCCAGAUCUGUUCCCUCCACAUGGUGACCCCCAUUCUGGUCACAGCAAGUGCAUGUAAGAUACCGAAUGUAUUAAAGUUGGAUUGCGGAAAUCUUUCUGCAUGGUGGAUUUAUACAGUAACUUAAUUUUAAUCACCACAAGGAGAGAAUGCAAUUGUAUGUUGGAGCAGCUAUGCAACACUGAUUGUGUUAUUAUUAUACCCAACUAAUGUCAUUCAAUAAUUUGUAAUAAAAGUAUAG